UUCGACCGUUUUCUUGGAGAGGGUGAAGAUUGUAAGCAACCUUCUCUCUCGCUGUCACUGUUUCUGUCUCUGGAGUCUCCUCGACUCUUACGCUCAUAGAAACUAUAGUUGCAAGAUAUAUAUGGUUUUAAUCGUAGCUCGAUCUGCCAUUCAGAGGAAGCAAUUUCUAAGCGAUGGAACUGCUCUCCUUCUGCCACCAUAUGCCGUACUGUCACAUUGAUAGAUCGAAGUGGAGUUUAGUUGAUAAGAGCUUGAAUUUGAAUAGGUCAAAGCUCUUUCUUGAUAGGAAAACUCGACUUGGACAUGUUGGAGUUAAUUCCAAAUUGGAUUCUUUUGAGUUAUCUAAUUUAGAGCAUUUAAGUUUUUCCAAGAUCCAGAGUUUUGAUCAGCUUCAGCAGAGUGGAAAAUCCAGAAUCUUGAGCAAAAGCUAUAAUUGUUAUGUAGUUGAUGGGAGAGAGGGUAUAAGAAACUUAUCAGAAAGAGGGGAGGUGAUAACAAAGGUCUUAAUUCCUGGUCUGCCAGAGGAAUCAAAUGGUGACCAUGGUUCUCCCAUCACUAGUUGCUUCUGGGAAUGGAAACCAAAACUUACUGUGCAUUAUGAAAAAUCUGGGUCCAAUAAUGUUAAUUCACCACCCAUACUAUUUCUUCCUGGUUUUGGUGUUGGAUCCUUCCACUAUGAGAAGCAAUUGAAGGAUCUGGGCCGUGACUUCAGAGUUUGGGCUAUUGAUUUUCUAGGACAGGGUUUGUCGUUGCCAUCUGAAGACCCAGCUCCUCUGGCUAAGGAAGAAGGUGCUUCAGAAGAAAAGGAUCUGGUUUGGGGGUUUGGAAAUGAAACUGAACCAUGGGCAGAUCAGCUGGUAUAUUCAGUUGAUCUAUGGCGAGAUCAGGUUCACCAUUUUGUACAACAGGUUAUUGGAGAACCAGUUUAUGUUGUGGGAAAUUCACUAGGAGGAUUUGUUGCAUUGUACUUAGCAGCAUGCUAUCCUGAGCUAGUAAAGGGUGUUACACUGCUAAAUGCAACACCAUUUUGGGGAUUUCUUCCUAAUCCUAUAAGUUCUCCGAAGUUAGCCAGGAUUUUCCCAUGGGCUGGGACUUUUCCGCUGCCAACCAAUGUCAAAAAGCUCACAGAAUUGGUAUGGCAAAAGAUAAGUGAUCCCAGAAGCAUAGCUGAUGUACUUGAGCAGGUAUAUGCUGAUCAUUCCACAAAGGUUGAUAAAGUUUUUUCUCGUAUACUUGAGGUCACACAGCAUCCUGCAGCAGCUGCAUCAUUUGCUUCAAUCAUGUUUGCUCCUAAAGGACAACUUUCUUUCCGUGAAGCUUUAUCUAGGUGCAAAGAGAACAAUGUCCCAAUCUGUCUCAUGUAUGGGAAAGAAGACCCCUGGGUGAUGCCUGUGUGGGGGCAUCAAGUGAAAAGACAACUGCCUGAAGCUCCAUAUUAUGAGAUCAGCCCAGCUGGCCACUGCCCCCAUGAUGAGGUUCCUGAGGUUGUGAAUUAUUUACUACGUGGAUGGAUCAGAAACCUUGAUUCACAGGGUUCUGUUACAUUACCUCUUCUGGAAGAUCCUGAAUCUAUUGAAUAUGGAACCUCCGGGAAUUUAGAAUUUGUUAGAGAAGGAUCAAGAAAAUUAGUGAUGGUGCGUUUCUUUGGAUCAAGAUUCUCUUUUUGGAACCAGAUAAGCACUUAUCUUAGGUUGCAUGUUACAGGUUUAGGAAUUAAUUCUUCAUAGUCAAACCUACUUUGCCUUCCUCCACAGUUGAUGUAAAUUCUCAGAUGUGUCGUAUAUUUUGAUUCAUUAAUGUAACAAAUAAAUUCAGUUCAAAAUCAAUGUACACAUGAUGUGUCAAUUCAAAAGUUGAAAAAGUUCAAUUGCCUUGUGGAAUUUCCCCAAUCAGGGACAUGGUAGUUAUUUUUAUUCUAUGCACUAGCAUUGGUGGUUUUGGUGUUCAA